CGCAACACAUGGAAAUACUGUACUAUUGUUAAAAUACAAUUUUAACAAACCCAACUCGAAAUUAAUUACCACGUGAUUUUAAUAUUCCAACAUAACCGAACGGCACAUUUUUUGGACGGCUGAACGCCAUUGGAACGCCCCCCUAUUGUUCCCCUUUAAUAUAGUCAACCCCUCCGCCAUGUCGCCAUUAUCGGCAUAACACAACAGCUGGAGUGUAGUCGACCUACCAUAUGGUCCUCCGUGUCCUCGCCUGUCCGCCGCGUCACCCAGCGUCUCCCCCUGCCAUGCCCCGCGUCAGCUCGCUGCUACCCGCCCUGCUGUUCGUCCUCUUCCCGGGCCGGAGCUGGGGUUACUUCCCCGAGGAGCGCUGGAGCCCGGAGUCUCCGCUUCUCUCCCCGCGGGUCGUGCUCGCACUCAUCUGCCGCAACUCCGCGCACUCUUUGCCGCUCUUCCUGGGAGCCGUCGAACGCCUCCGCUACCCGAAGGAGCGCAUAGCUCUGUGGGUGGCGACAGAUCACAAUGUAGAUAACACCACUGCUAUCCUGAGAGAGUGGCUCAUCAAAGUUCAGAAUGACUAUCACUAUGUGGAGUGGAGACCCGAUGAUGGAUCCAGUGCCUUCGAGGAUGAGGUGGGACCUAAACACUGGAAUAAUCUUCGAUAUGAACAUAUUAUGAAGCUUCGCCAGGGGGCAUUGGACACGGCCCGUGAGGUCUGGGCCGACUAUCUGCUGGUGGCAGACUGUGACAACCUGCUCACCAACCCAGAUGUGUUGUGGAAACUGAUGAGAGAAAACAAGACCAUUGUUGCUCCAAUGUUGGAGUCCAGAGCUGCUUACUCUAACUUUUGGUGCGGCAUGACCUCACAGGGCUACUACAAGCGAACACCAGCCUACAUGCCUAUCAGAAAGCAGGAGCGUCGUGGCUGCUUCGCUGUACCGAUGGUCCACUCGACAUACCUGGUGGACCUACGGAAGGAAGCCUCUCGUCAGCUGGCUUUUUACCCCCCACAUCCAGAGUACAGCUGGUCUUUCGACGAUGUCAUCGUUUUUGCCUACUCUGCUCGCAUGGCGGAUGUCCAGAUGUAUGUAUGCAACAAAGAAACCUAUGGAUAUUUUCCUGUGCCGAUGCGCUCCCAUGCUACACUGCUGGAUGAGGCCGAGAGCUUCUUGCACACUCAUCUUGAAAUCAUGGUGAAAAAUCCUCCCCUGGAGUAUUCCAGCUUCCUGACUCUUCCUCCCAAGCAGCCAAACAAGAUGGGCUUUGAUGAGGUGUUCAUGAUAAAUCUGGUGCGGAGAUCUGACCGGCGGGAGCGCAUGCUAAGAACAUUACACGAGAUGGAGCUCAGCUGUAAGUUGAUUGCAGCUGUGGAUGGCAAAGCUCUGAAUGAGAGUGACAUUGAGCCUAUGGGGAUUAGUAUGCUGCCUGGGUACAAAGACCCCUAUCAUGGUCGACCUCUCACCAAGGGUGAACUGGGUUGUUUCCUCUCUCAUUACAACAUCUGGAAGGAGAUAGCAGACCGCGGUCUGCACACAUCCUUGGUCAUUGAAGACGACCUGCGCUUUGAGGUGUUCUUCAAACGCCGUCUCCAGACGUUGCUCCAGGAAGUGUCGGCACACAAGCUGGACUGGGAUCUCAUUUAUAUUGGACGUAAGCGAAUGCAGGUGGAUCAUCCAGAGAAGUCGGUGCCAAACAUCCACAAUCUGGUGGAGGCCGACUACUCCUACUGGACUUUAGGCUAUCUGCUGUCCUUGCAAGGAGCCCAAAAACUCUUGAAGGCGGAGCCUCUGAAAAAGAUGCUUCCUGUGGAUGAGUUCCUUCCUGUCAUGUAUGACAAACAUCCUGUCUUGGACUACAUGGACCACUUUGAGGAUCGGAACCUGCGAGCGUUCUCCGCGGAGCCGCUUCUGGUGUAUCCCACCCAUUAUACAGGAGACGCGGGGUACAUCAGCGAUACAGAAACCUCCGUGGUCUGGAACAACGAGACAACCAAGACAGACUGGGACCGAGCCAAGUCCAGGAAAACGCAGGAGCAGGUGGAGCUGAGCCUGGAGGCUCAGAACUCGGAUGUGCUUCAGUCUGAUUUGGAGAACUGGAGUGCACGGGAUGAGCUGUGAGGCCUUCAGGGAGCUCUCACACGACACUGAGUAGGUUGACAUACUGGGCAGGAGAACAAAGCUAGGUGAGUGGAAGUAAUAAGGCGAGGUAGACGGACACAGGUCAAGUGAGACUUCAACGUUUGUCUCUUGUCACAAUUUGAUCUUUCUCUUAAAAGGAGGAGGUUGGAUCUAAAGUAAAAUUAACUCUUGAAGAGUCGCUGAGCAGCUUUCAUUUUAUUUAUUGCCUGCUAAAACCUCCCUUCGGUUCAUGUAUGACCAGACUGAAACAUUUAAUUACUGACUAACCCGCCUACUCUUUCAAAUAAACAAUUAACGUUUUAGGUCAGAUUAAUCCUAGGGUUGCUGUGGAUUAAUUUACACUAAUCACAUUUAUUUAAUCUAUAUUAAUAAUGUUUAAUUUCGCAUUUUGCAACAAAGAGAGUCAAGUAAAAAGGGAAUAUAUAUGCACUUAAUGUGUUAAACACAGGGGACCUAUGAUGAUUUAAAUCGAUAUGUAAAACACUUCCUUGUGGUCUAGAUAAUACUGUAUGUAUUGCUCCGCAGUCCCUUUUAUAACUCAUUUUUUGAGCCUGUCUGCAGAGUGUUCGAUUCUGGUCGUGUUCCCAGAUUGCAAAUUCAACUAUGCCCCACCCUCACCAUAAGUAUCAUCAUAUUUCUUUUGAAAAGGUAGACUGUUUAAAUGUACAUCUUGAAGUCGUGCCGCUAUUUUAUUUCCACACACGGUCGAAAAUAAACUCUAACGACAAUAUUCACCCGAUUACAGCGUUAGAUACACCUGCACACUCGCCGAUCGAUUCAGACUCUGCAUAAACAAAAUGCUGUUUUUAGCAGAAUUGAUGUACAUGUAUGUCGCACGUCAGUAUCAUUAUGCACACUUUUAUCCUACUUUUUUUUGUUUUCUCAUAGCCUGAAGCAGAGGGGAAGGCGCUAUAGUAUUUAUAUUUCUAGUCAUACCAAAGACUAUAAAAAUGGGACCCAUUGUCUCCCUGCUUGGCACUCAGCAUCAAGGAUUGGAAUUGGGGGUUGAAUCGCCAAAAUGAUUCCCAAGCGCGGCCACCGCGGCUGCUCACUGCUCCCCUCACCUCCCAGGGGGUGAACAUGGGGAUGGGUCAAAUGCAGAGGAUAAUUUCACCACACUUAGUGUGUGUGUGACUAUCGUUGGGACUUUAACUUUUUUAGCUUUUUAUACUUAAUGGCGAAAUAAGUCUAUCCGUCUCGCUGUGAUGUCACAAUGUAGCCAGACUGCAAAACCCAGCGAACAGAGGCAUCCAAAAUUACGUGUAAGCUCACGUCAAAAUACAUGAACUUUAUAAUUAGAUGUUUUGGCAUUGUUUAUUCCAACUUUCUAACAAUAUAUAAGUCAGUCAAAAAUUCAUCAUAGAUCCCCUUUAACAAAGUGAUAUUUGUUUUUAUGUCAGUCAACUAGUCCGUAAUUUUUUUUGUUCUCACAUUUUCCAUGGAGAGGAAAAUAGAACGAUAUUAACUUGAUAUUGACACUACCGCAUCAACAGCCCAUUUGAAGAGUUUCAAUUAUAAUCCGAAUAAUGAUAUUGGAAUAAUGCGUUCAUUUUGCCAGCCCUAAAAUAAAUACAAAAACUGUAUUUAUCUCAUAAUGAAAUCAAAUAAUGACAUUAAAACAAUCCAACUAAUUUUAGUUGGAGACUCAAAUUGCAAUUAAGUACAAGCUGGUACUGGAUUCCUAUACAUGUCAAACUCUCCAUCGUCACCAGCUGUUUGGUUUUAACGUGGCUUUGAGGAGUUCAAAAACCAUAUACAGUAAAAUUAGUUAUUUGCCAGAGGGAAAAAAAAUGACGUUUUGUGUUUUUUGACAUGCAUUGCUCUCUGCACCAACAGUUUUAUUUAUUCUACUUUUUAAAAAUAUACUAUUCGCUUUUUUACACUCAUCAAUGCAUGUACCGGUACGUCCUUUUCUAAUAAUAGUAUCACAAUUUCUAUAAGUAUUUGUGAGGUUUUUUUUUUUUCACAAUUGCUUUUGUUGACGCGCAACUUGCAGGUUGUGAUAAAGUUGGUUUGGCGUUUACGUAUGGAUGUGUUUGGGAGAGAUAAUUAAACAUUUUCUAGAUAAGU